AUGAGAGGCGACUCCUUUCUCCUCGGCUUCCUGCUGCUCCAAGUUACCGCGCUGGUGUGCAAGGCUGACGGCUUUCUCGGAAGCUUCGUUAUGAUGGCCGCCUCCAACAGCUCCAGGGAGGAGGAGAGCGUGUCCGACGAAACCCCGCACACGGAGGACCGAUGUCGGGGCUAUUUCGAUGUGAUGGGUCAGUGGGACCCUCCGUUCACUUGCGAGACGGGCAAUUAUUUGUACUGCUGCGGCACCUGUGGCUUCCGCUUCUGUUGCUCCUACAAACAUUCUCGGCUGGAUCAGAGCACCUGCAAAAACUACGACACCCCGGUGUGGCUGAAGAACGGACAGACUCCGUAUAAGAAAACCAACAAGCUGCACGACAGCACCAAAGACAAGACCAACUUAAUUGUUUACAUUAUAUGUGGAGUUGUGGCCAUUAUGGCGCUCGUGGGGAUUUUCACCAAACUGGGUCUGGAAAAGGCGCAUCGUCCGCAGAGAGAGAACAUGUACAGGGCAGUGGCUAGCGUACUGCAAGGCGGGUGUCCACCGGGUGAGCAGUAUCGAGGAGAGGAAAACCUCGGCAUGCAUUCCAAACACUAUGUUUCCAGAGCUGCUAACCUCCAAGGUGCUCAGAUCAACAACAACGUAGGGUCGAUGCCAAACAUGGUCCAACAGCAUCCGUAUCCUGCCCUUGGCCAGUUGGCUCAUGUGUAUGAACAACAACAACAACAGCAACAGCAGCAGCAGCAGCAGCAGCAGCAGCAACAACAACAGCAUCAACAACAGCAACAGCAGCAGCAGCAACAGCAACUGCAACUGCAGCAGCAAAACAAGGAUUUCAACAAAUAUGCCUCCCUAAAGGCUGUGGCUGCCAAGUACAACGGCGAUCUAUACAACAAGCGUAGGCUGAUGGUGGAGCUACCGACGCAAGGCGGUCUUCCGCUCCAACCUAUGGGCAACUCCCGACCCAAUAUGAGCAGCAACACCAUUGCUUCGAACCCUAUGGCCUCCCACACCAUGAACCAGAUGAGCUCUAUGACUGCCAUGACACCCAUGACUGCUAUGACACCCAUGACCUCCCUCGCCCCAAUGAAUACUAUGACCUCCCUGGGACCUCUGACUCCAGAGCCGGUGGCGACCUACGUUACCGAGAUGCCCCGGAUCUCAGCCGUCUCGACCCUCCCGACAGACCGCCGCGGUGCCGGAGUGGCAUCCUUAAAGCCGAACGGCCAGAAACCUAAAAGUAACCACGGAGUCCACAGUGCCCUGACUCACCUUCACAGUCACAGUAGCAAGCCGCCGGGACUGGGGACAACCUCCCUAGCGCACAUGGCAGGCACUAUGCCAGGGGGCACAUCCCUGGGAAUCUCCAGGGUGGCGGAGACCCCCAUCGGCUCCACCUUUGCGACAAUGGGUCGUCCGUUGGCGUACAGUUCUAAUAACAUCUCGUCCGGGCAUACGGCGGGUAUGGGGUUGAGGGGCUGGGACGGGACAGAGACAGUGGGCCGGAGGAAGACCUACGGGCACAAGAGGCCUCAGUGUACAGUGCUGGAGCCCAACCAGCUCCACGGCACCAGAGGCCACAGUCACAGCCAACACUUCCUCCCCACGCAGCCCUACUUUGUGACCAAUAGCAAGACAGAGGUUACCGUGUGA